CCGAAGAAUUAAUCAUUUUAAUCCCUGCAGAAAAAGAUAAACCAAAGCUUACUACAGAAGAUAUAGUUCGUUUUGUUUUUGGCGACAUGUCAGCUGUGUUGAAGAGAGUUCGUGAUCAUGAUGGAGACUACAGCGUGCUUGACAUGGAUGAAAAAGAUAGAGGACUUGAACAACAUUCCUUUGAAAAUGAAAAGCCUAGAGAAAACACUUUUAAUCAGGAUAUCCUUAACACCGUUGGAGACUACAGAGUAUGGAAAACACCUUUAUCAGAUGAAUUCAAAACUCUAUCUUCAGAUGAGAAAUCAGUAUUGUUCUGCCGUCUAUGCUCCGACAAUGCGAUCCUUGACUUCAACGACAAAGACAUCCUUUUGAUGUAUAAUGUGACACGAUGGAAAACGUUUGAUGAACAGACGUGCAAAACUUGUGAAGAAGCUCAGCAGACGCUAGAAAGGUUGAAGAAAAGUAAAUUUAUUCAUGUAGAUGGGGACAGAAUUCUCCUAACUGCGGAUGCAGAGGCCGAAAUCCUGUAUUGCAUAGUGGACCGUUCUCCAGCACACAAUGAUUACAAAUUAUUUCUUUUCAGUUUCUCUGCAACAUGUACAUACUUUAGGACAAGAGAAUAUAAUAGAAAACGUGGAGAAAAAUGUCUCAUUAGCCCAGUGGCUGUCAUGGAUUCCCUAAUCAUACGCCGUUUGCAGAUGGAUAUAUUGACACAUGUUACGAUGAAGGACGAACAUAUUUUCCAUGAGAUUUCUCAGAUAUUGAAUAUUCCUGAUCAUAUUUUAAAAGACCAAAGGGUGAGAAAGUCAUUUGCAAAUGAUUUACAACAGAAAGGACAGGCUGUUCAAUGCAGAAGAGGAUCAAUGAACCAUGUGAAAUGGCUGUCUAGAUAUUGGAGACACAACAUAGUGAGAUCUUGCAUUGGCCUUUAUCCCCAUAGUGACAUUUAUAUCAUGAAUAAUAAGGCUUAUAGAGAACCAAGUAAAUAUCAUCUGUAUGAAUCUAAAAUCAGAUGUCUCCUGUACUCCUUACUACUCAUGGACACGUAUACAGCUAGUUUCAAUCAUGGCUCAUUCCAAAUGAUGCUGAAGGAGAUUGGAGACAGAUACUUUUCCAAACUUUCAAUUCCUGAGGUUUUUGAUGAAAACUUUCUCACAGAGGAGAUCAUGCUAACAGAAGACGGUCGAAUUACAUUUGCAUCCGAUGACAUCAGACAUGACGUCAUGUAUGCAUUUGUAACGGAAUGACUAGUAGACGACAGUGAUUU